AUGCUGGCCUGUGGAUCCGAGACCGGCCGAACCCGCUUGUCCAGUAAUAACAAGGUCACGAUCAACGGCGUUGAGCUGGAGAUUGUCGAAGACUUUGACUAUCUCGGCUCACUGUGCGUGCCAACAAAAAAGAUAGGUAAAAGACGUGCGUUUACUCACCGUGCCCGUGCAUGUGCUAACUGCGUUGCCGUACAGGCCACCACAUUAUUUCGCCCGACAGCCACUUCGAGACGCCGCAGCCAAUCACAGCAGAUCACCGCAGCGGGUUUCCGUCAACUACAACCCGCCGGGUGCCCGACAUCACCGGCAACCGCAAGAACAUCAGCAGCACCAACGUCAACAUUCGCUGUCGGUGUUCCGCUUCACCUUUUGAGCGUCAGCAACAACAUCACCAGCAGCAUCGAUUCUAACACCAACACACGCUCCCGUCGAGGGUUGAGCCAGGCGACCGAAAGGGAAACACAGCGCCGUCCCGGGCGGACAUGGCAUUGCCACUGUAACCGGGCUGCAGGGGGCACCUUUUUUUAAACACUCCCGAGAUAACACGAAUUCGUUUUGAAACCCGCCGAAAACUGAAUUUUCCGUUCU